AUGUCCCUCGCCGCGGCGUCGGCGCGACGCCAUGUGCGAUGGCAGGCGAUGCUGCUGCAGUCGCAGCUGAUCGCCCAGCGAUCGAUCCUUUGCAGACCAACACUGGACCGAUCACAACCGUUCGUCACCUCGCUGGACCGCGCACACGAUCACCCAGUGCACGGUAUCCCUUUCCUCCCUCCCAAGCCCCCCGUUUCCCCGCCAUUCCCCCCGCCCCACGCACCCCUCGCCUCGACAGUGGCACUAUCCUCGUUACAAUAUCACUCACCGGCAGAAUGCGACAUCGCCCUGUUGAAGAAUAGGAGACUAAGCAUUUCAUCCGCAAACUUGUUUCCGGCAGUUGCCGGCCAGGCGAUGCCUGACCGUCAGGCGCUACCAGCUAGCCGGCAGGUCGUCCCGCACCACGUGCGCGCUCUGCAAGUCGUCAUCCCUCAACUCACUUCUGCGCGGCCAGUCUCUGGGCGGUCCGAGGGGGAAGCAGUCAGAAGCAGGGCGGAGGGGGAGGGGGAGGGGGAGGGGAAAGUGGAGGGGAAGGGGAGGCAAGGCGGGGACGAUGGGGACAAAGGCGAGCAGGAGAGCAGCGAUGGGGGCGAGCACAUGCCUGCCACCGACAUAGCUGCUGCACUCCCCUUCACUCUGCCCCUUCCACUCUGCCCCUUCCACUCUGCCCCUUCCACUCUGCCCCUUCCACUCUGCCCCUUCGCGCGCUUGUCACUGCUGCCACCACCACUCGCGCACCGUGCCAUGCCUCAUGUUCCGCCCUUCACUCACUCCCCUCCUCUCCCCCCUUUCCCCCCCCCACAGCCAGUGACGUGGGCUAGUCUGGCGCUGCUGCUGCUGACAGGCGGCGCACUGCUGACGUACUUUGAGAGCGAGAAGCGCAAGCGACUGGAAGCCGUGAGGGAGCUAAAGCCGGUGGGCAAGGCGGCCAUAGGCGGCCCGUUUACGCUGGUGGACGGGCAGGGGAAGCCGUUCACAGAGGCGGAGCUCAAGGGGCGGUGGGCGCUGCUGUACUUCGGGUUCACCUUCUGCCCGGACAUCUGCCCCAGCGAACUCAUCAAGAUCGCCCACGCUGUCGACCUCGUGGAGAAGCAGGUGGGAGUGAAGGUGGUGCCGGUGUUCAUAUCAGUGGACCCUGAGCGAGACACCGCUGAUCAGGUCAAGGAGUACGUCAAAGAGUUCCACCCGAGAAUGAUCGGCCUCACAGGCUCACCAGAACAGGUGAAGGCAGCAGCGCGUGCAUUCCGAGUGUAUUACAUGAAGACAGAGGAGGAGGGGUACGACUACCUUGUCGAUCACUCCAUCAUCUCGUAUUUGAUGAGUCCGGAGUUUGAGUUUGUCAAGUUCUUUGGCCGCAAUCACACUCCAGAGGGGCUGGCAGAUGGCAUAGCGGGGGAGAUCAAGGGCCAUGGCAAGUAG